AUGGCUCGCGCCCUCGUGCGCAUCCUCGGCGGCUUCCUGGCUGUCCUUGCCACCUCGACCCUCCUCUGCCUCCAGGUCAUCACAGCCGCUCAUGUCGACGACGCGUCGCUCAGGCCCGUCACCAUAGUCGCCGCCUCGCUACAGUCCGCCGUCCUCGUGGUCCUGUUGUGGCUCGCCGCGUCCCACAUCUUCCAAACCGGCCGGGUGCCAUCGAGCCGAUGCCUAUACGUCAUCUUUGGUUUCGAGCUCCUGGCUUGUGCCCUUGCCGCCGCCGUCUCGGCCGUGGCCCUAGCACACUUGAGCAUUUCACGAGCAGAUCAGACGCCCCCGCCUGCCGAAUAUCAAGCCCAGUUGCUUGCUGGGUCUUCUGUGGCCCUGGUGCUUGCCACAGCUUUGCAGCUUGUCCUAAUGAUUCUUCACUUCAUAUCCUCGCGAGAGCUUGUCGUCGGGAGGGCUGACCCGGCUGAGAUGCCCGCCGACGAUCAGAGGACCUGCAUUUCUCGCGUAAAGUCCAUUCCAUAUGCUCAGACGAGGACUGGCAGCGACCAGACCAUCCGCGAAAUGGCAUCAGUCGAGCGCCCGGCGCCGCUGGUCAUUGCUGAGCCGUCGGCAGGGACCAAGGCUGGCUUCUUCUCGUCUCCGUUUGCGCAGGUUAUCCGACCCAGCUCGUCCAAGACGAAGCUGCUGCCAGCGGGCGAACGGCGGCCCUCAUCACGGGAGUCAACUCCUCGUGGGAGCAGUGUCGAGGAGACCUCGUUUGAUUCGUGGGACACGUCGUCGGUGGACACACAUAACAGACAGGUGGUGCUGGAAAUGUCAUCAUCACCAUCGGCCAAGCCGCGCGGGCUCGAGACCAUCCCCGCCAGCCCGAGGCCCAGCCGGAGCCCGAGCCCGAGAACGGCGACAGACCUGGAACCUCCUCGCUCGUUGCGCACCAGGCGGAGCUACAGCCCGAGCACGCUGAGGCAGCGCGAAGACGCGCGGCUGACGGCGUCGAGCUCCGUCGACGAGCUGCACAUUCACCCUCUGUUCCGAUCCGAUUCGCAGACGCCGGCGCCUCUGGCGUCGCCGGGGACGAGCGUUCUGGCGUCGCCAAACGCCGGGCAAGUCAUCUCUCGACGCGAGAGCAUGCAGUCGCUGGCUCGAAUGCGAAGCGGCAGCCUCCGCAGUCCGCUCAGCCACCAGCCGAGCCUGGAAAGCACCAAGCUGAAAAUUCAAGGCGAUGGCCAGCAAGUGGACGAGAGGGACGAGGACGACGAGGCGGGACUGGAGCGGACGAGCAGCGGGGGCGACAGGAGGAUGACGCCUCCAGUGCCGGCGUGGCUGCUGAGUCCCGGGCCGCAGUCAGGCUUCGAUCCAGCAGUGCUGGCAGACGUCAAGAGAACAGCAUGA